UAUUUUGUAAACUUCACAGUCGGCACACCUGGUCAACUUCAGACGGCACUUCUUGACACUGGAAGCAGCGACACAAUACUUCUUGCCUCCGACGCGUCAAUCUGUGCAAAGAAGUCAAGCUGUCCUGGUGGAAGCUACAAUUCGUCUGCCUCGUCUACUUUCAGCCUUCUCUCCGCCGGUGCUAUAAAAGCACAAUAUGGCGCAAGUGUUGUCUCUGGUACUAUGACUGGAGAUCUAGUGACGGAUGUUAUUCAAGUUGGAGAUAUUGCCGUCACCGGCGCUCAUUUCGGUGUAGCACAUGAAGCCCAAGGCCGCUUCCUGGGCAAUGGCGCCUUUGUAGGCAUUAUGGGACUUGCAUACUCAGCGACCGAGGCUCUCAGAGAAGGCCAACCAUUAUAUCCAACUUUCGUCGAGUCGCUCGUCGGAGCUGGGGCCAUUCCAUCACGUCUGUUCAGUCUAUACCUCAACGAAGUAAGCAGUUUCGGCUCUAUUCUGUUUGGUGGUAUCGACACCGAGAAGUACGAGGGCAAUCUCACGACCUUGAACUUCUUGCAAGUGAGCGCUGAGGAGAAGCCUAUUUCGGCCUUUUGGAUGCAUCUGGAUGAAGUCUCCAUGACACGCGAUGAUGGCACAAAGGAACAGAUCGUCGAGCCUGAUGAGAUUCAACAACCUGUUCUUCCCGACUCUGGCUCUGCAUACUGGGAUGUUCCCACAGACGUGUACAACAAGAUUAUCAACGCCACUGGAGCCACAAUCUCACAGAACAACGCGCUUCUGGCCUGCAGCAAAAUCUCCAAUGGGACUUCUUUCGCCUUUACCUUCUCUGGCAACGGAACUAACAAGGUCAAUCUGGAAGUUCCACUCAGCUCGUUCUUCACCCCUGCAGUACUUACUGAUGGCUCCGGACUUGCAAAGAUCGGAGGAGAGGAUGCUUGUCUUUUGAUGGCUCAAGAUGCCGGCUCUGAUGCCAAGUUCUACCUCGUCGGCGAUCCCGUCAUCCGCGCUGGCUAUUGGGUCUAUGACCUUGACAACGGACAAGUCUCAAUCGCACAGGCACGUCUCUCUGCCACUGCUUCCAAUAUUGUUGCCGUCGAGGCUGGCCGUCAUGGAGUCAUGAAUGUGACGGACCAAGCUAGUGAGCUUGCUGCCAAUCAGACUGAGCGCGUCGCUGGCACUGCUACUGCAUCAGUUAGUUAUUCACUAUCGACUGCUUCCGAGGCUGUGGGACAGACUGCCGGUCCUCAGUCGACGGAUCUGAGCAGUGCA